AUGUCCAAGCCCAUCGAUCCUACGAGCGGGCCGCCUGCUGGGGACGCUGCCAACGAGAACGCCGACCGCGAAACUUUCCUCUCGCGGCGCACUUGGGGCUUGCCGCACUACCUGUGGAUCGCCCUGGCGGUCACCUUCGCGCUGGUCUUCAUCCCGCGCGGCGCCCGCAAGGCUCUCGAGAGCAACACCAACAAGGCCGAGGACUGGCUGCCGGCCGCGUACGCCGAGUCGGCCGACCUGACGUGGUUCCGUGACCACUUCGUCCACGAGUCUUUCGUCCUCAUCAGCUGGGAUGGAUGUACGCUCGGCAAUCCCGAGAAGCUCCGCCUGUUGGCGGAAAAGCUUCGUGCCGAGACCGACAAGAAGGGGGGCUGGCGCUGGUACCCGCGCGUGGGCGCCGAUGGCGAAUCGCUCGGUGACGAGUCACGCGUCACUUGCCUGCUCGCGUAUCUGGACGAUCAGCUCACCAGCAGCAACCUGCAGAUGCGGCGCGCCGUGGAGCGUGUGCGGGACAUCGCCCACAAAGAAUGUGGCGUCCCGCUCGACAACAUCCACAUGGGCGGCCCGCCCGUCGAUAACAUCACGAUCGACAUCGAGGGCGAACGCACCCUAUUCCGCCUCGCCGGCUUGGCGGGCCUGGUAGGCAUCUCGCUGGCCUAUCUCUGCUUCCGCAGCAAGAAGCUCACGGCGAUGGUCUUCUGGACCGCCGGCGCCAGCGCGGGCAUGGGGCUCUCGCUCGUGUACUGGUUCGGCGGCGUCGAGAUGUUCGUGAUGGGCCUGAGCCAGCCGCGGCUCGGAACGGCCGACGCCAUCCUGAUGUCGAUGCCCGCGGUUGUGUACGUGCUCGCUCUGUCGGGCGCGAUCCACUUCGUCAACUACUACAAGGACGAACGGAUCGAGCACGGACAGUACGGCGCGGUGGAACGCGCGGUCCGCAUCUCUUGGGGCCCCUGUUUGUUGGCGGCGUUCACCACCGCCAUCGGUCUUGGCUCGCUCGCCGCCAGCGAUAUCCUCCCAAUCCAGAAAUUCGGCAUCUUCACGGCGAUCGGCGUGGUGGUCGCCGUGGCGCUGUUGUACGGGAUCAUGCCGGUGUUCUUGCAUCGUUUCCCGCCGAGUCGCCGCGUCGUCGAAGACCGCACCGGCCACAAGGACCGCGGCCCGGCGUGGCACACCCCGCUCGCUCGAUUCGUCACCCGCCGAUACGCGCUGACUUCCAUCUUGUGCCUAGCCGCAAUGGGGCUGCUGGCGUUGGGACUGCCCAAGAUCCGCACAUCGGUGCAGCUGCUCAAUCUGCUGGAUGAGGACUGCCGGCUGAUCCACGACUACGCUUGGCUGGAGGAGAACCUCGGCAACUUGGUGCCGAUGGAGGUGAUCGUCGCCCUGGACGACAACCAGCUUCGUUCGCCCGACGAGAAGGCAGUCGACCUCGAGGCCGACGGAAAGGACGCGCGGUAUCGGAUGACGAUGUUCGAGCGCGCCGAACUCGCUCGCAAGCUCCAGGCCCAGGUUGAGUCGCUCGACGAGGUGAGCCGCGCACUGUCGGCGGCGACCUUCGGCGCCCAGGCCCGCGACGACGGGGGCUCGGCCUCCACGCGGCGGGCGAUCGAGUUCACCACCAGUCAAGCGCUGGAGGAAUCACGCGGCGAUCUGAACGAGUACCUCCUCGCCGAAACGAUCGAUGGCAAGACAACUGGCCGCGAGCUGUGGCGGAUCAGCGCGCGCGUCACGGCCCUCGGCGACGUGGACUACGGACGGUUCGUCCAGAACCUCCGCGAUGCCGAGAGCGAGGGGGGCAAGCCCCUCGAUACCGCUCGCGUCUGUCUGUUGACGGCAGCGAACGACCCCGAAAAUCCCCGGUUGCCGAAGCCCGGCACGCCCGAAUCGCGGCUUGCCGAGCUGUUGCAGAAGUCGGCGAUCGGUUCCUUCACGGUCUAUCCACUGGAGUCGUACAAGGCCAUCGACGAGGCGAAGCAAGCGCAGCUCCGUGAACAGUUGGCACAGCGUUUCGACGCCGUGGUGUCGCUGGACCCGGCGUUGGCGAAGGAACUCGAAGGCGUCGCGGUGACGACGCUCGACGCCGAGGCCGCGGUCGCAGAGGCUAUCCCCGCUGCCGAGGCGACCGCCGUUUACACGGGUGUCGUGCCGCUGGUUUACAAGACGCAACGCGAACUGCUCACCAGCCUCAAGGACAGCAUUCUGUCGGCGACGGUGCUUAUCGCCAUCGUGAUGAUGUUCGUGUUGCGUGGAGUCGCCGCGGGCAUCGCCUCGAUGCUGCCGAAUGUCUUCCCGAUUGUGGUGGUGUUCGGCGCGCUCGGUUGGCUGGGGAUCAAGGUCGACAUCGGCAUCAUGAUGGCCGCCAGCGUCGCGUUGGGCGUGGCGGUGGACGACACGCUCCACUUCCUGACUUGGUUCGGCCGCGGCGUCCGCGAGGGCCUCGACCGUCGGACCGCCGUGGAGCAGGCGUUCGACCGCUGCGCCACGGCGAUGCUGCAGACAACGCUCAUCGGCGGCAUGGGCUUGGCGGUGUUCGCCGUCAGCACGUUCACGCCGACGCAGCAGUUCGGUUCGCUGAUGAUCACGAUCCUGGCGAUUGCCCUGGUGGGCGAUCUGAUCAUGCUGCCGGCGCUGCUCUGCGGGCCGCUGGGGUGGUUCUUCGCCCCGAAAGCGCCGGCGACACCGGGGGUAUUUCCUCACGAUGAGGGCUCGUCCAUCACGCCGACACCGAAGCCGGUUAAGCCCGUUUACGUCCCCGAAACGCCGCCACAGGCGCUCGCGGAAACGCCUGCCCCGCAGAGGACAGCGCCGAAGACUGCCAGCGAGCCGCUAACGCCCGCGAAUGCGGCCCUGCGGUCGAAGCUGCAGAAGUUCCGCCGGUCGCAGGCAGGCGACUCUGCGAACUGA